CCAUCAUUUUCUCCGCCUCCUUUUUCUUUUGGUUUUUCUCCUUUUCACCGAGGCCCCAAUUCCCAGGUUUUCUUGGGAGUUCUGUUUGGAGAGAUUUCCACUGUUGAAAAUGGAGGUUAACAUAGAAGACGAUGAUUCUUCAGAUGUAGAAAUUUUGGACCAUAACUGGUCUGAAGUUUUGCCUUCAAGGACGAAGUGCUCCCGUGAGGCUAUCAUAGGGAAGGAGAAAGAAGUUUACAGCUCCCCUGCUCAUUUAAAAUCACAUUUUGUCGAGAUGGGAUUUUCACCGAGUCGUGUUGACAAAGUUAUCUGGGAAAAUGGUGAAGGUGAUGUUGAUGCAAUGCUAGAGACUCUUUUCACAUACAAGGAGCUCCGCUCAGAGACUUCCGGGAUGAUGCAAAAGAAGAGACGCCUGAAAGACAUGGGUUUUACUGAAGAUGAGAUAUCUCAUGCUAUUGAUAAUUUCGGUCCUGAAGUUCCAAUAAGUGAGCUUGCGGAUGCUAUUUUCGCGAACCAGAUUGCUAGUGCAGUAGCUACAGAAGAACAAAAGGAAAACACAAAUGCAGCAGCCAGUCGACAUAAUUCAGAAGAACAAGAUAGAGGUUUAAAUGCAGUAACUUAUGAUGGAUAUCCCAAAGGAUCAGUUUCAGGCUCUGAAACAUAUGGUUCCAAGUAUAUCAGAAAGAAAAGGCCUAAACACUUGGAAGUAAAUAACAGAACAACUUCCAACAUUAAUCGGAUACAUGGAGACAAUACUCCAAGGCACUUGCCUGAAGGAAAUUUGAUUAGAGUAGAAAUGUGUGACCUAGGUAUCUCCAAAUUUGGCAAAAAUGUUCCCAUUCUAUCGCAACCUCUUUAUUUAUUCUACGGAAAUUCUCUCAAUAUCGCCGAGGAGACAUGGAAGAGACUAUCCCAAUCUUUAUAUGGAAUCAAGCCAGAAUUCGUGGAGACUAAAUUCUUUUCAGCAAUCAUAAAAAAUGAAGGCUACAUCUGUGAACUUCCUAUAGGGAGAAGAGUGCAUGUCCACCCUAAGCCACCUAUGACUCUGGGAGAAGCAUUGCCACAUACUAAAAAGUGGUGGCCUGCGUGGGAUAUAAGAACGAAGUUAAGUUGCAUUCAUUCACAGUUUACGGAAGCCUCAUUACAGUGUCAAAGGCUAGGAAAAAUGAUGGCAAGUUCACAGGGAAUGUUAGCUAAAGAGGAUAAACUGGAGAUUCUCCAGCGGUGCCGGACCAUGAAUUUAAUAUGGACGGGUCGGCAUAAAUUAAGUCCAAUUACACCUGAGGAGAUGGAGUAUAUAUUGGGCUACCCAAUGAAGCAUACUGAAGUUUGGGGUUUGUCCUUAGAUGAUAGAUUGGGAUUGCUUUCUAAUUGCUUACAAGUAGACACACUAGCAUAUCAUCUCUCAGUUUUAAAAGAUUUAUAUCCGGAGGGAAUAAAAGUCUUAUCAGUUUUUACAGGAAUUGGAGGGGCUGAAGUAGCACUGCACAAACUCGGUAUUCAAUUUAAGUAUUUAAUUUCAGUGGAACCAGUUGAUAGCAAUAGGGAGAUCUUAUUGAGUUGGUGGAAAAAUUCCAGGCAGGUGGGGAAGUUGAUUGAGAUUAAAACCAUUGAAGAGAUGUCAAUUAAGAAGCUUGAAAGAAUUAUAGAAGAAAUUGGUGGGUUUGACAUUGUAAUUGGAUCAAAUCCAAUUCCAAAUGUGUCAAAAAAUGCUAAUCGUGAUGCUUCUCCAGGAGUAAGCUUCACUUUGUUCAACGAAUUUGUACGCGUGUACAAACAAGUGAAAAGUAUAAUGUCAAAAAAUCGAUAGUAGACAGUUUUUCCUCUACUGUAUGUUGUUUGGCUAUUAUUUCUUUAUUCGGAUUUUGUCAAGAAAAAGUGAACGUAAUGAACAGAAGGAAAGUUUCAACAUUUGGCAUUAGUUUGUUCAUUUGUUGAUUAUUUGGUUACAUUCUUCUCUUUAGAUUUAUCUGUCACAUUGCAGUUUAAACUCCAUGAGAACUGUAUAACUGCAGAGUGUAAUUUCACAGACCAUCAAGAAUAUUUAAUAAGAUUUUGUUGUUCUGUUUUAAGGUCC